AGAGAAAGAUCAGAUCCAAGAAAAAAAUAGGAAGUGAGAAAGCUGGCAAGCAAUUGGUGGGAGAGAAUAGAUGUGGUGGGCAUGGCGGGGUUGGAACAAGGCCCAGGAUCUCGAUACGUUCACCAGCUUCUCAGACCUACAGAGUUACACUUACAAAGAUCUUCAGAUCCUCAACUUCAAAUCUCAGAUUCUAAUCACUCACCAGAGAAGGAUCAUGAGAAGUCUGAUCCAAGCGCAGCCACUACUUCAUCCGGUGCAGGUGGAUCGACCGGUUCUCGCCGCCCUCGUGGUCGUCCUCCGGGCUCAAAAAACAAGCCCAAACCACCUAUAAUCGUCACCCGUGACACCCCAAAUGCACUCCGAUCACAUGUACUCGAAAUCUCAGCUGGUGCUGAUGUAGUUGAAUCGGUAUCGAAUUAUGCACGGCGUCGAGGCCGUGGUGUUUGCAUUCUAAGCGGUGGCGGAGCGGUUGCUAAUGUGACAUUACGGCAGCCAGCAGCUCCGGUAGGAAGUGUUGUAACUCUACACGGCCGGUUUGAGAUAUUGUCUCUGUCUGGGACAGUGUUGCCGCCACCAGCGCCGCCUGGAGCUGGUGGGCUGACGAUAUUUUUGGCCGGCGGACAAGGACAGGUUGUCGGUGGGAGUGUUGUGGGGCCGUUGGUGGCGUCAGGGCCGGUGGUGUUGAUGGCGGCUUCGUUUGCCAAUGCAGUGUUUGAGAGGUUACCGUUGGAGGAAGAGGAGUCGCCAGUGCAGGUUCAGCCUACUGCAUCACAGUCUUCAGGUGUUACUGGUGGAGGUGGGCAACUGGCUGAGGCUGCAGGUGGUGGUGGGGGUGGUGUUAGUGGGGGCGGCGGUGGAGGUGGCGGUGUUCCUUUCUAUAAUUUGGGAGGUAACAUGACAAAUUAUCAGUUUCCAAGUGAAGUUUUUGGUUGGAGUGGUAAUGCUGCUAGGCCACCAUUCUAGUAGUGGUGAUCAGCUGAUGGUGAUGAAGUGGAGUUUCUAAUGGAAGUG